UUCAUCAGGCAAGCAACAGUGAAUUUUCAACGCGAUUUUGCAGAGCUUCCGCGUUGAAACAUCCAACGCUUUUAACCUUAAAUUCGUUGUCUUCACUUCCUUCCUUCUUUCGUCUGAUUACAUUAUCUUCUGCAGCAUAAAUUCUAUGAAUUUGGAUUCAUCGUAAUUUCAAAAUUCAAUUUUGAGUAGAGGGUUCUUGCUAUAGAACUUGAUUUUGAUCUUUGGAUUUUUCCUUGUUUGUCUUCCCGGGGUGAAAUUGAUACACAAGAUCAUUGAGAGAGAGAGAGAGAGAGGAUGUUUGGUUCAAAGAAAACUCCGUUGAGAGAGGCUAAACCUAGCUCUGUUAGUCCUGUCCAUAGCCCCUUUGAUUCUGAUAAAGAGUCAAAAGAUAAAAAGUAUAAUUCCUCUAAGAAGACUUUAACCAACACCAAACCCUUUGAUGAUGAUGUUGAAGUCAGUGGCCACUCUUCAUCAUCUUCCUAUGGCCUUUCUUCUGCACAUAGAAAUAGGUAUAAGAACGAUUUCCGCGACUCUGGGGGGUUGGAGAGUCAAUCUGUCCAGGAAUUGGAGGACUAUGCUGUUUACAAGGCUGAAGAGACCACAAAAUCAGUGAACAGUUGUUUGAAGAUCGCUGAGGAAAUGAGAGAGGAUGCUACCAAGACUCUGGUGAUGCUGCACCAACAGGGGGAGCAGAUUACAAGGAGCCACCAUGUUGCUGCCGAUAUUGAUCAUGAUCUGAGCCGGGGAGAAAAACUUUUGGGAAGUCUUGGUGGCAUGUUUUCCAAAACAUGGAAACCCAAAAAGACGGGCGCGAUAACUGGCCCAGUUGUUUUUGGAAAUGAUCCUGUGAGAAGAAAGGGCAAUCACUUGGAGCAAAGAGAGAAGUUAGGAUUGACUUCUGCCACUAAAGGCCAAUCGAAGUCACGGGCAGCACCUUCCGAGUCAACAAAUGCACUUGAAAAAGUUGAGGUUGAAAAGAGAAAGCAAGACGAUGCACUGUCAGAUAUAAGUGACCUCUUGGGAGAAUUGAAAGACAUGGCCAUUGACAUGGGAUCUGAACUUGAGAAGCAAAAUGAUGCUUUGGAUGGUUUUGAAAAUGAUAUGGAUAAGUUGGUCAUCCGUGUGAAUGGUGCUAAUCAACGUGGCCGUCGUUUGCUUGGAAAAUAGGAGUGUAUGCCAUGAGACUGAUACUGAUUUUUACUUUGCAUUUUUCAAUUAAAGGAGCUUCCAUGUUCCAGGAUACUGGUUUCAAAUAUGGUAAUGUACAAUCCGCUUGUGAAAUAUUUGUCUCUGAAAUAUAUAUACUAUUGAUUGAUUUGUGAGAUUA